GCGUUUUCGGGUGCACUCACUUUCGGGGGGAACAUGCUAUGUUGUUUAUAUUACUUUAAAGAACUUUAUUGUUUAUCUCUGACAUAAAGCACAAUCGAGCCACAAAAUGAAGUUUCGCGCCAAAAUCAUCGACGUGGGAUGUCUAAAUCACUUCACGCGUGUGGUAAACACGGUGUCUAAACUGACUAAGUCGUGUGUGCUUCGUCUCACAUCUGAUCAUCUUUAUUUUGUGCUGUCGGGUAAAAUCUCGAGUGGAGGAGUCAGUAUGUGGUGUGAGUUACUGCAGGUGAAUUUCUUUGAUGAGUAUCAGAUGGAGGGAGUGUCAGCGGAUGCCAAUGAGAUCUUUCUUGAGGUGGCACCUGAGAACCUGUCAAGGGUCUUAAAAACGGCACAGAAUGCCAAAUCUGUCAAAAUGAAACUUACCAAGAAAAAUUGUCCAUGUCUAACGCUGACAGCAGAGCUGCCGUCUCUGUCUAGUGUCAGUCGUGUUGUCACUCACGAUAUUCCAGUGGACGUCAUUCCCAGACGACUGUGGCAUGAUUUCAGAGAGCCUCGGAUGCCCGACUUUGAUGUCAGCAUAUAUUUACCACCUCUAAAAACCAUGAAGAGUGUAGUGGACCGCAUGAAGAAUCUUUCCAACUAUCUGGUCAUGGAGGCCAAUUUGAAGGGUGAGAUGAACUUAAAGAUUGAGACAGAGCUGGUUUCUGUCACAACACACUUCAAAGAACUGGGCAAUCCUCCCUGGGGUGAUGAUGGUUCUCAGGCAGCUAGUCAAAGCAGAGAUGCUGAUCAGAUGGCUGAAGCUCGUGUAGAUAUCAGAAAACUCCAACAGUUCCUCACGGGUCAACAGGUCAACCCCAGCAAAGCCAUGUGCAAUAUCGUUCACAAACAAAUUCUUCACCUGAUCUUUCUACAUGAGGACGUUUCUCUUCAGUAUUUUAUUCCAGCAGUAGUCUGAUGUUCUCCUAAACUAAACUUCAUUAUUAAUUGUUCAGUAUUUUUUAAAGGGUCAGUUUUUGAACUUUUGUUAUGGAAAGACCUGUGAAUGUUAGUGUAUAUAUGUACAGUAUAAAUAAAAGACUUGUUUGUAGUA